GGGGCGGGGCUAAGAAGCCAGCAGCUGAAUCGAGAUCGCGAUGGCUCUUUAUCGCUAUUUUCAACCUGCCCUUCCGCGGACCCCAAAGGACCUCUUCAGCGAGUGUUACGAAGCCUUACUCUUGGUAUGAAGACAAGUCCGAGGAUCAUGGUGGUUCCCAGCAGUAACCCCAUUCCCACCACAGCUGGAGGCAGCAAUGUACACAGAGUCAUCCAGACCCUUCACCUUCACAUUGCGAGUACGGAAAGCCAGGAGCAGAGACAGGACUUGCAGAAUGCCUUUUCUCCCCAGGUAGUUCUCGGUUUGCUGUGAGUUUCACACCAAGGUUGUCUCUCACAGCCUCAGUCGCAGUGUAUGUUAGGAGAAUGACUACAUCAAUGAUGGCCAGAGACAGGACAAACAGCGCCAUCAGAUAGUCCUUGAAUAGGGACUAUCAAAAGGAG